AGAACGGUUAGUUGUGUGUGAUAAUAGAGGUCAAAGGUAGAGAGACAAAGGAUUGAAAGUGAGAAUAUAUAUGUAAGAGAAUGGAAAAGUUGAUGAUCAAUAAAGAAGUGAUGGAAGAAAAAGGAUAUUCAUGGAAGAGAGAAAUGAGGAAGGAGAUGAAGAAGGUGAGAAGAAUAGCAGCUCCAAUGGUGGUUGCAAGUGUGUUGCAGUAUCUUCUGCCAGUAGUGUCUCUCAUUAUGGUUGGCCAUCUCAACCAGCUUUCUCUUUCGAGUGUUGCAAUUGCAACCUCUCUCACUAAUGUUUCUGGUUUUAGUGUUUUGUCAGGGAUGGCUGGUGGAUUGGAAACUUUAUGUGGGCAAGCAUUUGGAGCAGAACAAUAUGAAAAAUUUGGA